UUACCAAAAUAAAUAAAAAAUACACACAAUAAACUAUGUGAUUCCUAGUAGUUAUACACAAGCCGGACAACAUAUAGAACAAGUCUUCUUCGUACUUGUCACCCCCCAUCUGUCACUCCAUUGUUAAAGCCGGCACCUCUUCUCUCUCUUACAGCCGCCGCUCUGAUUUGGUGUCAAGAAGUGGCGGAAACACAGAGAAGAUAAGAACAGGAAAGUGAGAAAACAUAGCAGAAAGAUGGAUAGGCUAAUAAGUUUGGAGCCGUCGAAUGUGGUCACUGUGAGAAUCGAACCCGGCCAGAAAUGUUCCGGCGAGUUAACGUUAAGAAACGUCAUGUACACCAUGCCGGUGGCGUUCCGCCUCCAGCCGCUCAACCGGAGCCGCUACUCCGUCCGGCCGCAGUGCGGGAUUAUAUCGCCGCUCACCGCCGUCACCGUGGAGAUUAUUUACCAUCUCCCUCCCAACGCCGUCGUCCCCGACUCGUUCCCGCACUCCGACGACUCGUUUCUGUUGCAUAGCGUCGUGGCUCCCGGCGCCGCCGUUAAGGAUCCGGCGUCGACGUUUGAUGCGGUUCCGAACGAUUGGUUCACUGCGAAGAAGAAGCAGGUGUUUAUAGAUAGUGGGGUUAAGAUCAUGUUUGUUGGCUCGGCGGUGUUGGCUCGGCUUGUGGCUGAGGGAUUGAUGGAUGAGGUUCGGGAAGUGCUUGAGAAGAGUGAGCCGGCUUGGAAGCCGGCGAACGCCAUGGAUUCCGACGGUCAGACUUUGCUCCAUUUGGCUAUUGCUCAGAGCCGGCCGGAUCUCGUUCAGUUGCUGCUUGAGUUCGAGCCGGACAUCGAGGCUCGGAGCCGAGCCUCAGGUUCGAGCCCGCUAGAAGCGGCGGCAGUUGCCGGGGAGUCGUUGAUCGUGGAGAUUUUAUUGGCGAAUAAAGCCAGUACGGAGAGAUCCGUUUCGUCAUCGUGGGGCCCGAUUCACCUCGCGGCCGGUAACGGCCACGUGGAAGUGCUGAGGCUUCUGUUACUAAAAGGAGCUAAUGUGAACGCGCUCACAAAAGACGGAAACACCGCUCUGCACCUCGCCGUUAAAGGGAGAAGACGGGACUGCGCGCGGCUGCUGUUAGCCAGCGGCGGCGGCGCGAGAGCCGACGUCCGAAACGGCGGCGACGGCGACACGCCGCUGCACAUCGCCGCCGCCUCCGGAGAUGAGCAGAUGGUGAGGCUCCUGCUCCACAAGGGAGCCGAGAAGAACAUCCGAAACAAGUACGGCAAAACGGCCUACGACGUCGCGGCGGAGAACGGCCACGGCCGCCUCUUCGACGCGCUCCGUCUCGGCGACGACCUAUGCGCCGCCGCGAGGAAAGGCGAGACGCGAAAGAUCCAGAAGCUUCUGGACCACGGAGCCAACCUCCACGGGCGAGAUCUACACGGAUGGACCGCUCUCCACCGAUCCGCCUUCAAAGGGCGCGUGGACGCCGUCAAGGCGCUGAUCGACCAAGGAAUCUCCCUCGACGCGCGUGACGAAGACGGAUACACCGCCCUCCACUGCGCCGUCGAGGCGGGGCAGGUGGACGUGACGGAGGUGCUGGUGAAGACCGGAGCGGACGUGGAAGCGCGUACGAACAAGGGCGUGACGGCGUUGCAGAUCGCGGAGGCGCUGCAUUUCUCCGGCAUCACCAGGAUACUGGUGCAAGGCGGCGCCUACGACAGAGAUGGAUUCAUCAACAGAUUCACCUCCAAAUCUACAAAAGUGUGGAAAGAUGAGACUGAAAUUGAGCCAAUGAUGAAGAAGAAAGUGAGCAGAGCGCCAAGAGUUCGACGUAGUAGCUUUGAUCGCAGUGUUCCAUUGGCCGUCGUCUAAAAAUCUGGUCUGCAGAUUAAUAUUAUAUUCUCUCAACGCCAUUGAUGAUAUGUGUGUGCAUGCAUGCACUCAUUCAACUAGCAACUUUUUGAAUUGAAUUGAACAGAUUAUGCAUGCAUGGCAUUUAUGUUUGCAUUUUAAUGUUGUAAUAUUUAUUUUCUCCAAGCAAUAAUAAUAUAUAUGGAUUAUGUUUAUAUGACAA